AUGACGACGGCCGAGGCAACGGACAAGGGCGAUACGGGAACGGCUGCUGAAGCCGCCGCCUCUUCUGCCGGUAAGACCGAGUCGGACGAGGUAGAAGACGUGAACGUUAACGUGCCUCAGAUUGCACCGCUGGCCAAGUACAAGCUCGUGUUCCUAGGGGAUCAGGGCGUCGGCAAGACGUCCAUGAUCACGCGCUUCAUGUACGACACGUUCGACAACGCGUACCAGGCGACGAUCGGGAUCGACUUUCUGUCGAAGACCAUGUACAUGGAGGAUCGCACGGUUCGGCUGCAGCUCUGGGACACGGCGGGGCAGGAACGAUUUCGGAGUCUCAUUCCGAGCUACAUCCGGGACUCGUCAGUGGCGGUUGUGGUCUAUGACAUUACAAACCGCGCGUCGUUUCUAAAUACAGGCAAGUGGGUCGAAGACGUGCGCACCGAGCGUGGACAGGACGUGGUCAUUAUGCUCGUUGGCAACAAGACGGAUAUCUCGGACCGGCGUCAGGUGUCUGUCGAGGAUGGCUCAGAUAUGGCCAAGGAGCAGAACGUCAUGUUCAUCGAAACAAGUGCCAAGGCUGGCUACAAUAUCAAGGCGCUUUUUCGUAAGCUGGCGACGGUGUUGCCUGGCAUGGAAAACACCAUGAUUAGUGGAGACUCUAAUCUGAUUGAUAUUAAGCUGACGGCUGCACCACCUCCAAAGGAUAAAGCUGCAGAGCAAUGCAAUUGCUAA